UACCUCCAGACUUCCGGUACUUCUAAGGAAAAUUUGUGAAGUACGUGAACAUUACUUAAAAAAUGCAUCAACACUUCUUUCUUCCACUAAAGACACGUGUGGCAUUAAGUGUAAGUUUAGGGAAAUAUGGCGAAAAGUAUAAAAAUUAAUCUCUUUAAAUGACUCGUGACAAUUGUAGUGUAAAUAAGCUGCGAUGAACAAAUAGUUUUUAAAUAGCGAUAUAGUUUUUCUUAUGCUUCUUGUAACAUACCGUGCUAAAACAUAGAAAAAACGAUUAGAACCAGUUACACUGGGAAAGGUUUAUGUAACACAUUACAUGAAAGCUUCGAGAGAGAAAAAACUUCCAUUUCAUACAAAGAGCUAAACCAAACAACAAUAGUGCGCGAUUAACGUGCUAUUCGGAAAAUGGUUUCAAACACCUAGGGUUCUGUUUUUUUCGGUCAAUUUGAAUGGCACCAUUCAGAACGUAUUACAUCAAAUCACGCGCUUUUCCCAACCCAACCCCAACUAACAAUACGAACUAAUUUUACCACUAGCACAACAUUAGCUUACAUAGGUUCUAUGUAAAAAGAGAGCAGUGUAAUGAUGGCUAGAAUGUAAUCGUACCAAAUAGUGAGUAGACAACCACUAGCUGUGGUGUGUUUUUUUGGUCAAACUUACGCAAACAUGCUCGUGCCCACUUGAUACGCUUUAUUAACCAUGCAUAGAUCCACUUCGUGUGGAUUUGCACAUGAGGCGCAUGUACUACGAAGCGGGAUUAGCCGUCGAGUGUUACAUUAGGGGAUGACUGGACAUCAUUAGUGGACAAAACAAUCCAAGCAGUACUGCAGUGGCCGCGUUACAUUUACCAAAAAAAAUCCACGUAUUAUAAUAGUUUUUCAUUGCCAAAUUUUACAUUCUAAUGCUAUCAUGGCCACAUCACAUCCGCUUUUGUGUUUUCGGCAUUGGAAUAUCAAGGAGAAAACAAAUGUUGCAACCUGAUACAUUUUACACAGCCUUAAUGUACCCAUUUAAAUAGCUUUGAUGGUAUCACACAUCAUGAUAAUGUAAGAAAAUAUUUAAAAAUAAUUAUGUGUAUCUUCAUGUUGAUUGUUGCAACCACGCAUAUUAGGCCACACUUAAAAUGGGUACUAUAAUAUUUUGUUUUAACAUUUUCCUUCACCUUCCAACGAUGCGUUGGAAUAUAUUGCAGUUUUCUGUUGCAUUCCUAUUGCUGACGGUGCAUCUGACACUUGCCAAUCUUGCCGCUGAAAGUACUGUCACAUCAGCAAAGCUUAUUAAUGAUCCACAACCACCAUCACCCGCAUCGCUCGCAAGUCUCUACCGUAGUGCUAGAGAUGACUACAACUCGAGAAGACACUGUGCCAAUUGUGGACCAGGGUAUGAAAGAGAUAUGCGGAGUUAUGGACGACAAACCGGUGUUACGGGAUACUACAGUGGUAUGGGCCCGAUCGAAGACGAUCGAAACUGGUACUAUCGUCCGGAGGGUUUCGACGAUCGCUACCGAGGUGGAAUGAUGCAGCCAUCUUAUUCGGGAACGUACAGACAGCCUGCUUACAUGGGAUAUGAUUAUGAUCGUUACAUGCAACGUCCAGACGAUAGAGGAUAUGGAUAUGGUUAUCCCGGUAUAGCAAUGAGGACCAACUACUAUGACGGAGGUGCCAGUAGAAUGCCUUACUAUACAGACAUGAUGCGCGGCUAUGGGUACCGUGGUAAUGGAUAUGAUAAUCUUGACCCACAGUACGCUUACUAUAUGAUGCAACGUGGAAAUCCCAGCGGAAUGAAUAACAGAGAUCGUUUAUAUGGGGGUCAAGGUUACUAUGAUGAUCGAAUGAGCUACGGUGGACAGUACGAUCAGAAGAAUUUCCGACCGUGGGAUCAAACGUACAGUGGAAUAUCUGGUUUUGAUAAUUCUGGACGUGGUUAUUAUUUUGCAAGUCGUCCCUUGACAUCAUCCUCCUCAUCACUACCAUCAUCACCUUCAUCUUCCUUGUCCGCACAUGCAUCAUACCAUGUUCAAUCACAUCCGGCACCGGAAGCAGGCUACGGUGGCCAAACCAGUGGUCACGAUCAGCAUUCGUCCGGUCAUCUAAGUGCUAGCUAUCGUCCGAGUGCACAGCAGCACUAUCCACAUAAACAACCUUCACAUCAUGGUGGAUCGGAUCGACCCGAUUAUGACCCAUCGGACUCGGCAACAGCGAACUGUUGCAGAAAUCGGUACCCAGAGGCGGCAUCCAACGCUUACUCGAAUCAAGGCGGAUCCUAUUCUGCUCACAACACGGGAAGACCCAGCGCAUUAAGCUACGGCGGAGGAGAAAGUGCUCAUAGACCCUCCGGGAGCUGGAAUUAUGUGAACAGCGGAACGACGGCUGGCAGCAGCGAUUCCAACCAUGGGGUCAACACUGGGCAUGUCGGAGUGAGCAUCAAUACUCACGGGUCUUACGGAGAACACCAUAAUGGCCCGGGACAAUAUCCAGGAGGAGGAGGAGGAGGUGGUGUAAAUGCUCAUGAAUACGGGGCAAAUCGGGGAAGCGAUCAUCGCCGAGAGUCAGAUAAUCGGCAGCAAAGCGUUGCCUAUGGUGGACGUCCGCGGCCAGCAUCACUAGGCGACACCAGUUACUUGAUGGAUCGAGAUGAUAAUCACAACAAUCGUGUUGCCACGGAUCAAGAUACCGCACGGCCUUCAAAUGAUGAUAGCGACAAGCGUGCUAAAUCAGACAUCGAACCGUUUACCUCUGAACAGUCCAUGGAUAAAAAUGGCAUUGAUCAAAGUGUCCAAUCGCAGACGCCAAAAAACACACCCGAUACGUAAGUUUCGGUUGCGGCAGCGACAUGAUGAACCACCCAUGAACCAAGGAAUUACAUUU